AUGCAAUUUUUCAUAGGACUGCUGCUUGCAGCCACGGCGGUCCAAGCGCAUUACACGUUCCCACGACUCGUCGUCAACGGCAAGCCUGCCGAGGAUAAGGACUGGUCCGCCACGCGCAUGACCAAGAAUGCGCAGAGCAAGCAAGGUGUCGAAAACCCGACCAGCGCCGACAUACGCUGCUACACGUCCCAGACGGCUUCUAACGUAGCGACCGUGCCCGCCGGGUCUACGGUGCACUACAUCUCGACCCAGCAAAUCAACCACCCGGGCCCGACGCAAUAUUACCUCGCCAAGGUCCCGGCGGGCUCGUCGGCCAAGACGUGGGACGGUUCCGGCACCUUGUGGUUCAAGAUUGGCACUACGAUGCCCUACUGGGACAGCAACAGGCAGAUGGUCUGGCCAGCGCAAAACACAUACACAACCGCCAACGCAACCAUCCCCGCGUCCACGCCCAGCGGCGAGUACCUCCUCCGUGUCGAGCAGAUCGCGCUGCACAUGGCCAUGCAGCCCAACAGGGCCCAGUUCUACAUUGCCUGCUCGCAGAUCCAGGUCACUGGCGGAGGCGGUGGAUCUCCCGGCCCACUGGUGGCGCUGCCUGGCGCCUACAGCAGCAAUGACCCGGGCAUUCUGGUCAACCUGGGUGCCAUCCAGCCGGAGCAGUACAAGCCUCCUGGUCCGGCGGUGUGGAGGGGUUGA